CGUUCGUGAAACGCAUUGCACGUUAUGCUUCAUUAAGGCUACCACCAUACUGUACUCCUCCGUCCGACCUACUGCCCUGCCCUGUCCGUGUUUUGUGCUCUGUGCUUCUGGGGCUCACUACCUUAUCCAUCUCACCUUGGUCAAUCGGUCUGCACCUGAUUCCUUCUGGCCCCCUCACACCUCCACCUCCACCUUCACCUCUCUUCUUCACCCACCCGCGUCACCCGGCUCGUUCACACCUAACGUUACCUUAGUUAAUUCAUCCACCAACCUACAGCCAAGCCCCCAUACAACCUCAACUUCUUCUCCCACUAUUUUAACCAAGAAGCGCUUCUGUCUCUUCAAACCGGCAUUGACUCAUCACAUCUUUGUUCAUUCGCGCUCACGCUCUUUCAUCUCUGGCUCCUCUUCCAUUUUGUGUGGCCACAGUCACUCCCAUCGAACUACUCGAUUCGAUUCUGCUCUACUCCACCUGCUUCGUUUAACCUUCGCUCAACCUCAACCACCACCUCUGAAGGUUCACGAUGGAUUUCACCGGGCAAUACAACUUUGCCAACCCUCAGCCCUAUCACCAGUUCAUGCCGAUUCCUCCUCUGACGCCGUCGCACUCGCAUUCCGCCGGCUCCGAUGACUUCAAUGCAUCCCCGCCUGAAAACUACGACGCCCUCUCUGCCAGUCAAAAUGACCAGUUCCAGUCUUUCGAUUAUACCACAGCCCAAGGCUUCAGUGCAAACCCUCAUCAGCCUGCCUCUGGUUUUCCGGGCCCCCCGACACCUCCCGGCUAUGCUUCUCAGGCCCCAGCCCAUCAACAGCAAGGAGGCUCAUUGAGGAAUGGCUCUCCUGACGAGCAGUCCGUUGCCCGCGGGGCCAGCGAGGAGGACGAGAACCUAACUCCUGCUCAGUCUCGGAGGAAAGCACAGAAUCGCGCUGCGCAGCGUGCCUUCCGCGAGAGGAAAGAAAAGCAUGUUAAAGACCUUGAGGCGAAGCUUGCCGGCCUUGAGGCCGCCCAGCAACAAUCAUCCCUCGAGAAUGAACGUUUAAAGCGAGAUCUCCAGAAAAUAUCUACCGAGAACGAAAUCCUUCGUGCGACAUCCCGCAUGAGCCAUGGUUCCAUCUCUCCAGAGCCUGCAACCGGGCCUCUGCGCUUCAAACCCACCGACUUCUACUCCAACGUCUUGCAGAAUCACACAAAUAAGUCGCCCUCACACCGCAUUGUUACCUCAGACGAUGGUGAACGUCUCCUAGCUGCCGGUGCAACAUGGGACUUUAUCAUAUCCCACGAGUUGUUCAAGAAAGGCCUUGUUGAUAUUGCCGAUGUCAGCGAGCGUCUGAAGAACUGCGCUAGAUGUGAUGGCCAGGGCCCUGUUUUCUCAGAGCGUUCAAUCACCAAUGCCAUCGAACAGAGUGUCGCGAGCGGCACGGAUGAUCUUCUCUAAGUAAAAGGCAAGGCGCAAAAGGGCCAAUUUGGAAGAAAGGAUACAUGAUUGGCUUCAUUAUGAUUGACGUAUAUUACUUUAAGAGACUAGGUGGAAGAUGAUACCCCGCCCGUCGGGGCUUUUUGGCGUGGCGUUUUGUAUUCAAAGGUUUUUACGUAUGUCUCCCAAGAAAUUUUGGACAGGUUUUGAAAGACGCGCAGCAAAUAUCUGCUACAUGCACGACCAUGCUGUAGGAUCUUGGAAAGUCAAGUAUAUUCAGGUGCAAAAAUGAUUAAAUAUUUCCUCCAAAAGGUUUCUUAGUCCCCUUCAAACGGCUUGAUCUUGAAAGCCUAGACCAUGGUGGUAUUGCCUCCACAUGGUCAUACGCCCAUACAGGUUCGCAGAAGACUAAUAUACUGUUAAAAUCGACAGCAGAAUAGAAAUAGCAUCUAUAAGCUACAGCAACAUUAUACAAAAACACGCUGCAGAACUCCAAAAAGCAAGAACCAAGCCCGUUCCUCAUACAAAUCAUACAAAAC